GCCAGCUGCCAGCUGCCAGCUGCCCCUCGCCAACUUACCUCCCUCCCAUCCUCAAGUUCACCUCCUCUUCAUCUCCACCACCUCGAACCAUCAACAUCCUCCCUCAAACCCAUCACAACAAAACAAAACAAAACAACCCACAAAAUGUCCUCCCGAACCGCCCUCUUCACCAUCGACAUCCAAAACGAACUCUCCCUGAACCCACAAACCCGCAUCCCACACGCCGACCGCAUUCUCACCGCAUCCACCGAAAUCCUCAAAACCGCCCGCUCGAUCAUCGACGCCCAUCGCGAAACAAACCGUCCCUCGCCAUCCAUCAUUGUCUUCGUGCAACAUGAGGAAUCUCCCACCGAGGGCGGAACAUUGAUUAAGGGGAGUGAGGCGUGGGAAUUGGCUUUUGGUCCGAGGGAUGGUGUUGAGGAGGAGGUUUUGGUUUCUAAGACUACAGGCGAUACAUUCAAAUCCAACCGCAACUUGGCACAGAAGCUCCGUGCAGCAGGGGUCACGGAUAUUGUGGUGUUUGGGUUGCAGAGUGAGGCAUGUGUGGAGGCGACGUGUACGGGGGCGUUGGCGGCGGGGUUCAGGGUGACGUUGUUGGCGGGGGCGCAUUCGACGUAUGAUGAUCAGAAGGAGGGGAAGAUGGCGGUGGAGGUGGAGAGGGAGGUUGAGAGGAGGUUGUCGACUAGGGGGGUGAGGGUUUUGAGUUGGGAGAAGGCUGUUGCGGGGUGGGUUGAGAGACAGCGUGUUGGUUGAGUGGUGUUAGGGAUGGGGUGGUUUCAAAUGAUGGUUUGAUGGGGUGAAGCAGGGUUAUAGAUUAUUAAGGACUGCUUGGUGAGAUGAUGUACUGUUUUCCAGUAUGCUGAUAGAGAAAUGAAUUCAAAGCAUAAGCUGUAUGGUAUUCUUCGGAACAGCUGAUGCGUGCUUUCUAUCACAUGAUGGAUGAAUAAUGAUCUUGGUAGAGUGGGG